AUGGUCUCUCUGCCACCACAUCCAGAGACCUAUUCAUAUGAGUGGCAGCAAGAUGUCCUCGUCGCCCCUGGGUUUGAAGAGAAUGACUCUAUGGCACCUAUGGCAACGAAAAAUAAAAUCCUACGUCUGGCUAACGCCAUGGAGAUUCUUUCAGAGUGGUUCCAGGCUAUUUCUGAUAGAAGUGAUAUUGUGGUCCUCUAUCUCUUCCAGACCCACGAAUAUAUUAAAUUCCACAAACAAUCGCAUGGUAGCAUAAGAAGCUACCUCGAUUAUCUUGUGACCGGGCGUCGUUGCUACUUUCUCACCCUUAACGAUGAUGCAUUGACUACUGUUGAGAUUGAACAUGCAACCGAUAUCGCUAUCAAUAGCGGUCUUCUCUUUGUCGGCAACAAAGAAGCAUUUUUCCCGGGUAAUAAGUCAAAAGAUUUGACUCGUGGUAUAUCACAAACCCAGCUCGAUGAAUAUAUUGCCAACUGUAAUAUUUCGACGGGAAAUCCGAGAAAGCGUACGCGAGAUGAUUGA